AUGUCCCCGAGACCUCUAAACCCUGUCAACCCUGUAGUGUUUUUUGAGGUCAGCACUGGUGGCCAGUUGCACUGCAUGAAGAUUGAGCUUUCUGCAGACAUUGUGUCUAAGAUGGCUGAGAACUUUAGGCAGUUCUGCACUGGAGAAUUCAGAAAAGAUGGGGUUCCAAUACGCUACAAAGGGAGCACCUUCCACAGAGUCAUAAAGGAUUUCAUGAUUCAGGGUGGAGAUUUUGUUAAUGGAGAUGGUACUGGAGCCAUCAGUAUUUACCAGAGGCCAUUUGCAGGUGAAAACUUUAAAUUCAAACACUCAGCUCCAGGACUGCUUUCCAUGGCCAACAGUGGUCCCAGUACAAAUGGCUGUCAGUACUUUAUCACCUGCUCUAAGUGCAACCGGCUAGAUGGGAAGUGUGUUGUGUUUGGUAAAAUCAUUGACAGACUUCUGGUGAUGAGAAGGAUUGAAAAUGUUCCUACAGGACCCAACAAUAAUCCCAAGCUACCUGUGGUGAUCUCACAGUGUGGGGAGAUAUAG